CUGAAUUGAAAAAACAAUAGUCCAUACCAUUUUGGGAAUUUAUUAAAAAAAAAACUUUCUAGGACACCUCGCCUUCCGCCAUUUUUUUAUUUUUUGAAAAAGAAUUGAAAUUGAAGAUUGCCUGUUGAUCGGAAAUGGUGGCGGGGAAGGAACUCGGCGGCGGAGCACAGAAUCUCCCGGCAGAUGUUACUCAAUUGAUCGAUCAACUCGAGCGCCACUGCUUAGCUCCCGAUGGCUCUCUCCUCUCCAAAUCCACCUUCCACGAUCUCAAACUCGCGAGGGAGGAGAUGACGAAAGAGCGACAGCGCUAUCUGGAAGCUUCGGCAGUUUACACAGAAGCAAUUGGGAUGGUGGAAGAGUAUCAGCAAGCCCUUUCUGUGGUCCGCAUUGGUGGGAUUCGAGACGUUCAAGGUCACUACCCUCAGAUUGGUCUGAAAGCCCCUCCCCAGGUUUAUGAGGCUCUUGAACAUCGGAUGGCAGUCGCUGAAGCUGCUCAAAGAUUGAGGCUACCUCUGAUUUCCAAAGAUGGUGAGCUUCAGGAUGAUGAAAUUGACAGGUGGAGUACACCUUCAAGAAGUUCCCUUGACAGUACAAGCACCAGUGUCACAAUGAGCUCAAAUUCGACUAAUCUGUAUACAAGUGGCGUGGCUGCUGCUGGAAAUAGUGCGCCAUCCACUGAUGCUUCAGAACCAUUUAUUGGUGGUGUUCCUAAUCAGUACCUAGGAAUAACACCUAGUUAUUUAUGGCAAGCUCAGCUCCUGCAGUCACCAUUAUGCAUGGACAUGACAGAGUAUCAGAUAUUGCUUUCACGUGAAAUUGGAAGUCGGUUAGAUGCCAAAUGUGAUAAGUUAGCAGAUGUUAUUGCUUUAGACGACAUUGAUCCAUCGAUCACUCAUCAAAUACCAACUGCUCGCCUCCCAGAGAGGGUAAAGGUAAAAAUUGAGGAGAUUGAGAGAGAAGAAGCAACCUUGUGUGAAGAUUUGUACUCGUCCGACAGAAAAUUUGCAGAAUAUUACAAUGUUUUGGAGCAGAUACUUGUAGUGCUUAUCAAGCUCGUCAAAGACAUAAAGUUGCAACAUCAGCAUAAAUAUGAUGAGCUGCAAAAGACUUGGCUGAGCAAAAGAUGUGAUACCAUGAGUGCAAAGUUGAGGGUUUUAGAGCACAUUCUCCUGCUCGAGACCUAUACACCGGACACAAUUCCAGCACUACAUAAGAUAAGGAAAUAUUUGAGUGAAUCAACAGAAGAAGCUACACUUGCACAUAAUAAAGCGAUAACCCGCCUUCGUGAGUACCAGGGCGUUGAUCCUCAUUUUGACAUGAUUGCAAGACAAUACCAUGACAUUGUCAAGAAAUUGGAAGGUAUGCGUUGGACUAUUCAACAAGUGGAAAUGGACCUGAAGCGUAUGCCUGCUCCUCAUCCCGGCACCUAAGGUAAUUUGUAUAAGGCCAUGCCAUCCCGACGGGGAACGAAGAAACAUGGAAGCAAACAAGCUUUUGUGAUCCAAGUCAUAGAAGAAUGGGACAAAGGGAGUGUUUGCAAACUCAAGAGGAAUUGUUGGUGUUUGAUAUUGGCUUUAGUGCUUAAAAUAUCACUUUUGUUCACUUCAUAGGCAAAAAACAAAUAGCAAUUUCCCAU